UUGAGCGUGCGCACUUGCUUCUAGCAACGGUGAUAAACAAAAAAUUAGGUCAUGUCGGCCGAGUAGUAAGCUUUUAACGUAAAUUCUUUUUGCAACAAAGAUGACUCUCAAUCCGCUGGCAAAUCCGAAAGGAAUUAAACUCCUUUGUGAAUUAUGUCAGAAACCAGCGUUUAUACAGUGCACAAAAUGCAGGGUAACAUAUUAUUGUGGUGUAGAACAUCAAAAGGCUGAUUGGCUUGGAAUUCAUGAGAAGAUAUGCCAGAACUUGAUACCUCUGAGACAGAGCGCGCCAUUUCUGCCCUCCGAAGAGGAGAGGCAAAACAGAGAAAAACAGCUUCAGACAAAAAAGCGCUCUAUGAUAGACCUGACACGAACGACUGGUCAGAAGCUUCUGUUUGAAGGCAAGCAUGACCAGGCUGUCCCAGCUGCCAUGCAGUCCCUGAGGUUUGCCAUUGACGUGCAUGGACUGGCGAGCAUAGAGCUAGUGCCCUCCUACCUUAUUCUUGGAGAGGCCAGCAUCGGUCUGGGUAGACUAGAGCAGGCGGAGGAGUACCUGGCCCAGGCUCAGUGGACGGUGCUCAAGACCCCGGAAUGUUCCAACGCAAUCAAGUCAAAACUGUACCGCAACCUCGGUCUGCUGUUUGCAGCCAAGGGGGAAUACGAUGAGGCGUUGCGACAGCUAGCCAAUGAUAUUUACCACGCCAGUGAGGAAUACGGGACACACGACAUACGAACAUCUGGUGGCUAUUUUCAUAUGGGAAAUGUGUUUUUCCGCCAGGGACGUAUGGAUAUUGCUGAUACUCUCUACAGACAGGUGACAGAUAUCUGGUACACUCACCUGUUCGGCAUCGUCAAGGUGAGGACACGCACACCUGCCACACCAAAAGGGGUCGGUCCAUUGCUCGUAGAAAUGUUUGACGAACAAGAAGAGACGCUAGAUGAGGCCCAGGAGGCAGAGGCAGUGCAGGUGCUGAACUCGAUCUACGACAUGCGAGAACACCAGCCCAACAGGCAGCCGGAGGACAUGGCGCGGGUCUGUCAUGGCCUGGCUAUGCUGUACUUUGUUCUGGCAGAUAUCAGCAAGGCCAAAGAGUUUGGUCGUAAAGCAGUUGUGGCCAGUGAGGGACAUCCAGACGACAGCCUGUCUCGCUCCAUCAUCGAGUUCAUGAAAAACUGUGACCGGAUCCCCCUUCAAGCAAUCUGAAACGUAGAUUGAUUAAAUAAUUAAUUUAAUUAAAUGACUUCAUUUAAUAAAUUUCUGCUUUGCAAAAAGUAUAAGGACUUGAUGAUUUCUGCAAUGAAAAAAGUAUAAGAACUUCAAGAGUUCUGGCGCUAUUGGAUGUUAAGCUGCAUUUUCACUGUUAACAGUAUUGAUAAGUAUUUAUAUAAAACAAAGCGUUUUUGAUGUAUGAAUUGUGAAGCCUGUGACGGUUAAAUAAAUGCUCAUUAAAUAGACAGUUGUCAACAAGUUUUUUGUUGUUUUAUUUGCAAACAGAUAUCUUUCCAAUUUUGGCGUGUUGCAUAGUACCAGAUCACCUAUCAAACAAUGUAUACUGAGUAUAAUAAUAAGUUCACUUACCUAACCGUGAAACAGAGAUUUCAAUAGACUAAAAUGAAUUCAUCAACCAAGCAUUGUUAGCAGGGAUAACAGUUGGUAUUUUGAAUGGGUUUUAUAGAUAUAUUAGAUAUCCCCAUAUACCGAUAUAUGUUUAGGUUUUAAAUACCGGUAUAAAUGUUCUAUUAUUUAUGAUCUGUGAUAAACAGGCUUUUGCUUGGGACCUUAACGUACUGGAGUACCCCUGUGCAGCAACCCCAAAUCAGGUAUACCACUGGUCACCCUUUACCACUUACAUACCUAUUUUGAAGCAUUUGUUGUUCCUUUGUUACAUUUAAAUAAAGACCUUUCUUACUAGAUUCAAAUCUUAAAGGCUUUAUUUCCAACACUAAGAUACUGAUGAGCAGCAAACAUCAUAAGACCUGAACAGGCUGUGAGUUUCUUGCAGGCUGUGUUGGUUUUAAGCUGUUUGCACAUAUCCGUUUUCACUGAUUGGGAAAGGGUUGAGGCACAUCUAUCUUGUUUUGCUUGUUUUAACUUCGAAGUAAUAUAGACAUUUAUAUAUGGCACAGACUAUUAUAAAAAAAUUCCAACUGCGGUUCUUAACCCCUUUGCAGUAACAAAAUUUUGAGUAAAUUUCUGAUAUAUAUCUUAUUUUGUCUUAUUAAAUUUUGGCAUAUUUGUUUAAUUCUUAUAAUUGAAGUUGGUCAGAAUUUUAAGUUUAAAUGUGACUUAGAAACUUUGGUUAUAUUUGGAUGUUUGAAAAUAACUUUUUUCAUUUAUUUCUUCAAUAUAUCAAAUUUUUCCAAUCACAGUUUUUGUUAAUAUUUGUCUGAAUGUGGUGUACUUGUAUUAAUUUGUUUAUAUAUUUUGCAGUAUGUGCUUAUAUUUUACAUUGUUUAAAUAUGUAUGAAAUAAAAAACAAUAAAAUAAAGUUACUGAAAUCAA